CUCCACCUUCAAUACUAAUCUACUUUCUACUUGUGUUGACUGUUUAUAGUUAAUUGCAUAAAUAAUGUGCUAAUUUUGUUUGGUCUUAUUCAAAUUUUCAAGAUUAAAUCUUUAAUUUAUCCACAAUUUGGAUUUUCCCUGAUUUCAUUUGGGCUAAACAAAAACCUGGCAUUUCAGUUGUUCCGAGCUUCUGGGUUAAUUCAGGAAUGGCGAUGAUGAAAUCCUUGACUUAGUUCUUGCAAAAAUCAGGUUUAGAAGCAUGAAUUUGGGGAUUUAAGUUGAAUAAUAGGUGCUGAGAAAUUCAUUUUUUUUUGUUGAUAGAAUAAACCUAUAUUAAAAUUAGAUUGAUUUUGAGGAAUUUGAUGGAGCUCACUCAUGUAAAUUGUGAGGGAGAAAUUGAAGAGAGUGAGGGAUCUGAAAGGAUAAGUUUUAGGCAAAACCUAUUCCACCAAUCAAAUUACUCUGGUGUUGUGAGGAAAAAGGCCUACAUUUUUGAUGGAGAUGGGAAUUACUUCAACAAGGAAUGGGAUCUUGUGCAAGGCUCAGGCAAAGAGUUUUGUUGGUAUCAUGUUGAGCUUCCAAAAGGGAACCAUAAGCUCUCCCAGUUGGCUCAGCAUCUCAUCGACGCCCUGUCCCCGCCCCUAAAGCUCCAGGACAUCCUCUCCCUCAUCAGCAACGGCCCGUUUUGUGGCCACGUUGAUGGUGCUCUUGUGUUCAGAGUUAACUCUCCCGGCCCUGCGUCUAGCAAGUUCACCUUUAGGAUUGCAGCUAGGGUCACCGAGAAUUCAGUCAUCACGGUGUCGUUGGGGCGCGUGCCUAGGCUGGGAUUCUCCCCGGUGAAUGAGUCUUUGCUGUCGGAGAUCCCAAUUGUGGAGAGUUCGAGUAAUGACAGUAGGACUAGUGAAGGUAGGGAUAGAGGCGGGAUUGUGAUAAGGGAGCAUGUGUUGGAUUUUCUGCUGACUAUGAAUCAUUCAGAGGAAGCUGAUAAUCCUGUGCCUAAAUCUGUCGCGGAUCUUGUGGUGCACAUCAUUGAUACGCACGUGGAUCACCUUCAGGAUGUCGUGACCAAGCUUGAGAUUGAGCUGGAUGCGGUCGAGUUAGAGAUGGACAGAGGUGGUUUUGCUAUGAAGAAGCAAAUGUUAGACAGCCGAAGAUUCCCAAAAAUGAAUCUCGACUUGCAACGUCUAUUGCAGGUGAUCGCACACGGUGAACAAGUAUUUCCCCGAGUCAAGGAGAAGUGUUCGUCUAAAGAAUGGUUCAGCAGUGAAAACAUCAACGCGUUAGAAGAGUUGAUCAGUCGUAUAAGGAGAUUAAAGGAGAACGUUGGCUUCAUAGCCAACCGCGUCACAGCAAUUCAGGCUGGCCUCGACAGCUGGCAGUCCGAGCAAAUAAACCGAAAACUAUACUACCUCUCUUUCCUCUCCAUUAUAUUUCUCCCUCUGUCAAUAAUAACCGGAGUGUUCGGGAUGAAUGUGGGCGGAGUUCCUUGGACCGGACAAAGAGACCCCGCGCUAAAGGAUGGGUUUCGCAACGUGAUGAUGGUCUGUGCAGCGAUGCUUGCAGUCGUUCUCUUGUGCUUCGGUUUCCCGGCAUUGUACAGCCGUGCAAUGGCCUGGUGGAGAAGGCCGACUAUGCAACGAAGCUGGUCCCUCAACCGGAGGUCCUUCAUUAGGAGAGCCGGGAUGGAUGGAGGGAGAACAGACAGAGGGGGGUAUGUUCGACUUUAGGAUGCAGCGCGAUGAUCAUCGUACAUGCUAGACAUGUUCGAUCUUCUCCCUCUUUUGAUCCGGCAUCGUCUUUCCCGGGAUGGAUCGUUGUUGUACCUACAAUCGUUGAUCAUCUGCUAACUUUUACACACACACACACACACACACUAAUUCUUGGUUUGCUAGAUGUAGGCGAUUCUUGCAUUUCUUUUCUCCUUGUGGAUAUUGAUUUUCUUGUACAGGUGACAAGACUAUUACUUUUCAACUAAUUGAAACAUUCAACUCAGGCAGUUAUGAAAUUUAGCAGAUUUAUUGUA